CGAUAAAUUUCCACCACCUACCAGACAACCUUUAAACUUCACGUUUCUACCUUGACAUUUUUACGACACAUCUGCAAUCCACUUGUACCUCCUCCUCUCUCCACCACCAAAGCAUAUUUGUUAAGAAAUUCUAAAACCAAGGUAUAACACCCGUUUGUGCUCAUAUUCUUGAGGUCUCGACAAAUGGUAUCUGAGGCAAAGAAACGCGCUGGCUCAGACGGCGAGCCCCCCAAUAAGCGGUCGAAACAAGAAACGAUGGACCCUUCUACAAACCCCUACCUUGCACACAUGUACGAAGGCUCGGCACAAGGAUCAAAUAGUGUCGGAAUGGGAAAGAGGAGGGACGCCGGCGACUCGAUACUCAACACUUUUGUCCGUCACCAGACGACGGCCGAGCAGGCUCAGAAGGCCGAAGAUGGUCCCAACAAUGCUGUCAACGGGAAGCCGUUGUCGAAUCAGUACUUUCAGAUUCUGAAGACCAGGAGGAAUCUACCAGUCCACGCACAAAGGGCCGAGUUCCUCGAGAUGUUCCACUCCACGCAGAUCAUGGUUUUCGUCGGAGAGACCGGUUCCGGAAAGACGACGCAGAUUCCCCAGUUCGUUCUCUACGAUGAUAUGCCACACCUCAACGGCGGCAGACAAAUCGCCUGUACCCAGCCUCGUCGAGUCGCCGCCAUGUCCGUUGCGAAGCGUGUGGCUGACGAGAUGGACGUCCCGCUGGGAGAGGAAGUUGGCUACAAUAUCCGUUUCGAGGACAACACCGGACCGAAGACUAUACUGAAGUACAUGACGGAUGGUAUGCUGCUGAGAGAGGCAAUGCACGAUCACAGCCUAGAGCGGUAUUCGUGCAUUAUUCUUGACGAGGCUCACGAAAGGACGCUGGCUACGGAUAUUCUCAUGGGUCUUUUGAAGGAGGUUGCUAUUAGACGGCCAGACCUUAAGAUCAUCAUUAUGUCCGCCACACUGGAUGCUCAAAAGUUCCAGCACUACUUCAACGAUGCCCCUCUUCUGGCAGUGCCUGGUCGUACUCAUCCGGUCGAGAUCUUUUACACUGCGGAGCCCGAGCGUGAUUACGUCGAGGCCGCUCUUCGGACAGUGCUCCAGAUCCACGCUACGGAAAAGGAGGGAGAUAUCCUGUUGUUCCUCACUGGUGAGGAGGAGAUCGAGGAUGCUUGCAGGAAGAUCAAGCUUGAGGCCGACGAGCUUUUGCGCGAGGCUGACUGCGGUCCGCUGUCCGUUUACGCGCUAUAUGGUUCGCUGCCUCCAAACCAGCAACAGAGGAUCUUCGACCCUGCGCCGCCACCACGACGGCCCGGUGGAACACCCGGACGUAAAGUCGUUGUAUCCACCAACAUUGCCGAGACCUCGCUCACCAUCGACGGAAUCGUUUACGUCGUAGACCCCGGCUUCUCGAAGCAGAAGGUCUACAACCCCCGUAUCCGCGUGGAGUCUCUCCUGGUUUCGCCUAUAUCCAAAGCUUCGGCGCAGCAGCGAGCUGGUCGUGCAGGUCGUACAAGACCCGGAAAGUGCUUCAGAUUGUACACUGAGGGUGCCUUCAAGAAGGAGCUGAUUGAGCAGACAUACCCCGAGAUUUUGAGGAGUAAUUUGGCGUCCACCGUUUUGGAAUUGAAGAAGCUCGGUAUCGACGAUUUGGUGCACUUUGACUUUAUGGACCCUCCUGCGCCCGAGACUAUGAUGAGGGCCCUGGAGGAGCUGAACUACCUUGCGUGUUUGGACGAUGAUGGAAACCUUACCGCCCUAGGCAAGAUGGCCUCCGAGUUCCCCUUGGACCCAGCUUUGGCAGUUAUGCUCAUCAGCUCCCCCGAGUUCUACUGCUCCAACGAGAUCCUCUCCCUCACCGCUCUCCUCUCCGUGCCGCAAGUAUUCAACCGCCCACCAAGUGCGCGCAAAGCUGCCGACGAGGCGAAGGCGCUGUUCGCACACCCCGAUGGCGAUCAUCUCACAAUGCUCAACGUAUACCAUGCCUUCAAAGCGCAGGCUGACCCUUCACGGUGGUGCUACGACCACUUCCUUUCCCUGCGGAGUCUUCAGAGCGCGGACAAUGUACGCAACCAACUGGCGCGUAUCAUGGAGCGUAAUGGCCUGGAGCUCUCCUCCACCCCCUUCGAGGAUAAGGACUACUACACCAAUAUCCGCAGGGCCCUCUGUGCCGGGUUCUUCAUGCAAGUCGCGAAGAAGGGAACAAGCGGGAAGGCUUAUGUUACCGUUAAGGAUCAACAGGACGUGUUCAUCCACCCUUCGACGGUGCUGCAGCAGGACAACGAGUGGCUAAUCUACAACGAAUUCGUGCUGACCACAAAGAACUACAUCCGCAAUGUUACCCACAUCAAACCGGAAUGGUUACUGGAGAUUGCACCCGUGUAUUACGACAUCUCUACCUUCCCUAAAGGAAUCGUCCGCACAGCCCUUGAGAGGACGAUUGAGAAGAUGAAGAGGAAGGAGGCGAUUAAUGGGAAGGGACGGAAGGAGAAGCAUUAGAUGGAUGUGUAAAUGAUGAAGCGGAUGGGUGGGCCAAGCGGUUCUCUGUGUAUGCCUAGAGCUUAUGAUGUGU